UUGUUUCCAGAUCACGAAUCUACCGGUUCAAAAUCGAACACCCUGAACUCAUUCGAUCUGCUCGGGGACGAAGUUCAUGAUCCAAAACCGGUUGUAUCAGCACCGCAACCGCCAUCACCACAAUCCUUUGACACGUUCCAUCACAUAAAAGACGAUGCACCAUUUGAACCCGUUGGACGUGGAGGUGUGCCACUGGAUCAGCUGAUUGAGGAUCAGGUAGCCGAAGUGCAUGGCGAUGUUGACGAGGUCCUACAUCGAAUGCAGGAGACUGAUGAGUACAGACCCGAGCAGGAGCACAAAGAAGAACAUCAUCACAGAGAGGAACAUCCUCAUAGAGACGAACACGAGCAUGAACACAAAGAUGAACGUAAGGAGCUCUAUCAAGAUGAGCCAGGCAUCUUCCGUAGGGUGCAAACACCGGAAGCAGACGAGUCAACAUUCAAUCGUCGUGGACCCCUUACGAUACCCGAAGUACCCGAAACGCUCCCAACUCACCCCACACACGAUGAUGUUGCAGAACAUGAACAGCCGGAUCUUUCGCCUAUCCAGUGA